UGUAUUAGUUUUGUAAAUUUGCAAAUAUUUCAUUUUGAAAUAAAGUAGUUAUUGAGCUGAAAUUCAUUUGGCACUUAAUUUUUUAUUCUUUCCAAAGGCUAUGUCAAGAUCUAAUCAACCUGAGGCAAAUAUACAGUAGCCUGUGGAUAUCAGGAGGCAUUUUAAGGAAUAAUCAGCUAGAUACAAAGAACCAUCAUACAGAACUUCAGGCACCAUGUCAGUUUACUUCUGGACUAUUCUACUUGGACCUGGUCAACUCACAGACUGGCAAGUGAAAAAGUCACAAUGCUGCACAUCCUAGGUAUAUUAUUACUAUUUGUAAUAUUUGACAAGACUUCUGGAAGUGAGAUAUGCCCAGAUGCAAAACACUGCAAAAUUGUUCAUGUUGAAGAAAAUGUAGAGUACAUCUUUGACUUCUUGGUGGAUCAAAAUUCACAAGACUGCACUUUCUCUGUGAAAUUCAAUGGAGCUAUAUUCAAUAACAAUGGCACUUUCCUUUAUAGUGAACACUUUACUGCUUUGAAACAUCCCAGAACUCAUAUCACAGCAAGGACUGUAUUUGACCAUUUAAUUGUUACCCUUGAGAUCAGAUCAAUUCGGGUUGAUGACGCAGGAAGAUACAGAGCAAUAUUCCAAUGCAGUAACUCCACAUCAACUAUUUCACAAUCUUACAUUUUACGAGUAUACCACCCUCCUGGAACUGCCUCCUGUCAAUGGCAUGAACCCGGUGAAUUAAACCUAACCCAUGUAAACUACCAACACCUGCCGGCAUUGCAGUGCUUAACAAGAAACGGUUAUCCCGAAAGUAAUAUUAUUUGUUACUCCAGGCAUCAUCAGGCAAUUAUUGCACACAAUCCCCGCUAUAUUGCAGGAGAUGAGAUCAUAACAUCCAUAUUCUGGCUACCUAGGAAAUCCCUCCGAUGCUGUUCCGUAAGUGAGUUGUACCGCAAAAGCUAUCGAAGGUGCAGAGACUUUGUAUCAACUGAGCGUGGUCAAGAGCAUUCAACACAAAUUCUGUUUUCUACCGAAUCCCUGUCACAAAGCACAACAGUUCCUGUAGUGAGAGCAAAGAUACCAACUGGACGACUACAACCAACACUGUAUAUUACUUCAACAGCUCACCAGCUUUUUGUCAAUGAAAAAGUUUUCCUUUGGAACCAAAUUAUAUUUGUUAUUUGGCUUUCUUCCAUAUUUUGA